GUUAUCGAUGGUAACUCCACGCAGGUUUCUAUAGAUUUUCUGAUUUUAUUUCGGUCAUCCAAUUUUUGUACUAUUAACAUUUUUGGCAUAUUAGAAUGGGUAUUAGAAGUUGGUCAUCAAUUUUCGUUUUAUUGUCUUUAUUUGGCAUUGGUCAGUCUUAUAUAGAAUAUGAUGGCUGGAUUAAUGUUGAAUUACUGCAUUCCCUGAAUGCUGAUAAGCCAGAAACCUUUACAUACAGGGCAAAUAUUUCCAUACCUAGUUUAAACACUGGAUUAUCUAAUAUUGUCCAAAAUCCAAUGUCAUCAGAAGACUUGAAAAACUUAAAGGAUCUUGCAGCCAAUAAUGGAUUUUAUAGACUUAAGGCUAACGUUGAAUAUCCCAAUGGCUUAAGACGUACAUUCACCACUGCUAAUAAGGCAUGUGGCCUAUUAAGUGUUCUACUAAAUGACGAACUUUGGAUAGCAAUUGAUGGCAACGGUUAUGUUAAUGGCAUCACCUCCACCUUAUCAGCAUCUGGGGAUGAAAUAUAUGAUUGUUCAUCCUAUGACUUUUCAACAUUCACAAUUAGUGAAUUCAGCACUGAUAUAUUGAUUAAACAUACUGAAUUGGCACCAGUGCCUGAUACGGCAUCAUUUAUACAAAAGAUUGAGAGAGAACGGGAAGCAAGAGACAGAGGAGAAGUUAAAGACAACCGUGGUUUCUUUGGUAAAUAUUGGAUUUACAUUGUUCCAGUUGUUAUUUUGCUCUUUGUGUCGGGAGCAACGAAUCCAGAUCAACAACAAAAGUAGAGUAUAUUCCUGCAAAACUGAAGCUAGCAGAGAAAUAAAAAAUAAAUUAAUUUAAAUUCUGUUGUAACUUUUCCAAAUAUAAGCAAACAAAACAUGUUGUUUUACUUUUGCCAAAGGUAGUCAAA